CCCUUCGUACGUGUUUUGAUUACGCUUUCCAGGCGGCGGUGUGGUGUUUCGCAUUUUAACCAAACUUAAAUCCGUGUUUUGUAACGCAAAUCGGGCUCCAGAUCGUUCUAAACCGGCUCCAAACAGUGCGCGAGUGUUUCGACCGUUUCGCUACGUGAUUUGUUGAUUCGAAAAUGUGUUAUUUAGUGCAUGUUAGUGAUUUUUUACGACCAAGGCACAAGACCGUCUCGUAAGCCUCGAAAAAGAAGGAAGAAAAAUUGUGCUAGCAUCAUCACUGGUAGCAACCGUGAAGCCAACCAGCCAGCCACGGGAGAACGAGGAGGCUGCAGCUACAAAACAUAGCAUCAUCUUUGAGCAGCGAGAAGGCGGAGGUGUGAAGGAAGCAAAGUGGAGUGAAUCUAUUUGGUCCCGAGCGACUUUUGAUAUGACGAUAUGACGUUUUGGAGGCAAUUCAACACUAGUAUAUAAGUAAACAAGGAGAUCCGCACUCUAUUGUAUAGCCGAUAAGGGAGCCCAUUUCCAUAGUCGCACACGCAAGGAUUGUAUCCCGCUCAAAAAAAUUGUGAUGGCCAAUUUAAUAGAUGGCGAUCAGAGCUUUUGCAAUGCGACACAAUCUGGUGGGACGACGACCGCAACUGGUGCAACGACUGCCGUAACCACCCCGUCGGCAACAUCUGCUGGCAAUAAUACACCAGCAGGAGGAGGAGUGGCUCCGCCUGCCUCACACACAUGCAGCGGAAGUGUGUGGGCGGAAUUCUGCGAGCGACAUGCCCGCGCCGCGUCAGCCGACUUUGCGCGAUCAUGCGUGCACUACGUUACCAAUAAUCUGCCAGAAUCAGUCCAACAGACCGUCUCGCAUCGAGACUUUAUGCGACGUUUCAUUGAGUGCUUUCAGGAACACUUUGAGCAUGAUUUCUACCGGAGGCGAAUACAGAGCAAGACCGGAAAUGGAGCUGCUAUGGUGCUGGAGGAGAGCGACUACUCGGAGGACACGGACUCGCCAAAAACUAACCACAAGCCGUUUUUCCGGCGGUUAUCGUUCAAAGGUCUUCGCAAGGGGAAGGUAAUUCAUGCACUUUUCCACAAACAGCAUUCGGAUGAGGUGGAACUAUCCGGGAGUCGAUCGAACAAAACCAAACUAGCCAAAAUUGUGGUCGAGUGUCGCAAGGAGGGAACGGUUAACUACCUAACGCCGGAAAGCCUGGAGCAGCCGAGCAAUUCCCACAAGUGGGAAAAAUGUAAGCUGUUGCUGGUGAAAACCGUCGGCGGUUAUAUGCUCGAGUUUUAUUCUCCUCCAAAAUCGCAAAAGCCUCGUAGCGGCGUCUUUUGUUUCCUGAUAACGGAAGCACGUGAAACAACUGCCCUAGAAAUGCCGGAUCACGAGAAUACAUUCGUGCUGAAGGCGGACAACAAUAUGGAGUAUGUGAUUGAGGCUCGCGACACCGACGAUAUGCGCAGCUGGUUGGCAACGAUACGCUAUUGCAUGCGUAGCACAUCAACAUCCCAGUUGCCACCGACGUCGGAUUUGAACGUGACUAUGAAUACCUCGAUAUCACAUGGUGGCGGCGGUGGUGGUGGUGGUCCUGGAGGAGGAACAACCAAUACUGCGGGGCUGUCCGGCACUUUGGCUAAUGAUGUUAAUAAUUUAAGCUUGAACCAGUCCGCACUAAAUGCCGUACCCACUAUGAUGGCUCCAGAGCUACCCCCACGACGACUGGAUGAUAGAAUAUCUUCUUCGUCGAACUUCGAACUAACAGAGGGUGACCUGGAGCAGACGCACGAGACUGAUACCGAUCUGACGGCAAUGAUGCGUGAAUAUCCCUGGUUUCAUGGCACGCUGGCUCGAUCUGAAGCUGCCCAGUUAGUGUUGCACAAUGGUAUUUCUAGUCACGGUGUGUUCCUGGUCCGACAGAGUGAAACCCGCAAGGGGGAAUUUGUGCUCACAUUCAACUUCCAAGGCAAGGCAAAACACCUGAGGAUGACACUGAACGAUUUGGGACAGUGCCGAGUGCAACACUUGUGGUUCCCUUCGAUAACCGAGAUGCUGGAGCACUUCCGACAGCAUCCGAUUCCGCUUGAAUCCGGUGGAACAGCUGACGUUACCCUGACCAACUUUGUGGUGCUUCCUUCCCACGCAAUGGCCGCCACCACACAGUCGAACAGCAAUAACUAUUCGACCACUACUAUCGGGGGUAGCGGUGCAGGCGGCGGAGGAGGAACUGGUGCGGCCGGUGCAGGGUCAGGGAUCGGAACAAAUGCUAACCCGAACACCAGUCCGAGACAUGUGAGAUAGUAGACAUCUUUUUGUGUCCUUACUUCUUCUUGCUCUGCGUUUUAAAAUUUUCUUUUGCGCCUAUUUAUAUGUGUUUGAUGGAACAACAACAAAAACAGACAAAACCAUUUAAUAUUAAUAUUCGUUAGGAAACGAACCAAGUGAACGCGCAAAACACGAGACCGUAGACUUGUGAUGGUGAAUGAUUGCACGGCGAUUUUUGGAAAAACAAGUCUGGGAAAACUAACCCCUAAUUGAAGGGUUGUGAGAGAGAGGUGCGAAAGUUUGCUUCUGAUAUAUGGAGUAUAGUAGUGAACUUUUAAGGAAGAUUAAAGGGAAGCUAUCGAUGCGAACACCAUCGAACACUGAAAGGAGUUUUGUUUUGCAUUUCUUCUUUCACGUUCUUUCACGCGAAAACAGCGCUACCAAACAAAUAUCAAAAUUAUCCAGAUAGAUUAACCUUUAACGAACAGGUCCAUUUUUCUAGAACGAUGACCAAUUGGUCCAGAGCGAGAAAAGGUGCAUAAUCAAUAUCGCUUCAUUGGAUUGUACGCAUGUACGCAUGACUUCGUUUCUCUUUCUUCUACCAGAUAGUGCUUCGUAAAUGACAAUAACAAACUUUAUUGACCGUAUACAAAAAUAUGUAUUUACACUGAAUGCUCGGAAAGGAAUGUUCCAGAUCACGCUGCAUGCAUGAAAAAGGGAUAACCUAACAGAAUUCCUGAAAUAUAAUGGAAUGCCCAAUGUAUGACUGCAUUCGAUUUUUUUAGAAUAUUAACAAUGUCGCGGGUAUGGCGGCAUUCGUUUGCUAAGGGUUAACACAACUUAAUGGGUCUAGGUUGUCGGGUUACACAACCGUGUGACACCAAUGCAAAUUCGACCUUGACAAUUUAUCCCAUUUCUACACAUUUCUACAAACAUAUUCGUUGCUAUGGACACGGUGAUAAAUAGAAAUUUCAAUUCCAUUUUCGUUACUUAGAGAGUAACUACGUUUUUCAUUCUCCUGCGAUAGGUUAUGGACCCAGCAGCGGAGCAAACGUGAUUUUAUUAAACGGUCAAUUAUAGCGAGAAGUGAUGGUAGGGAAUCGAUUUGCGCUACAAAAGCUGAAUAACAGCGACUAUCCAGCCUGGAGCUUCAAGAUCGAGUUGUUGCUCGUUCGGGAGGAUCUUUGGUGCUACGUGGAGCCGGCAGUAAAACCGGAAACGAGGGUACAAACAACGUGGGAUGUAGGUGACGUCAAGGCAAGGGCCACCAUCGGACUCCUGGUCGAAGACAACCAGCAACGGACUGAUCGCAGAUCGACGACGGCCAAAGCCGUAUGGACGGCGCUUCAAAACCGCCACCAGAAAACCAGUUUAACGUCGAAGGUGUCGCUCCUAAAACGUAUUUGCGACAAGCGUGUGCGGAGUUUUUGUUCAAGAUGAAGGAGUUAUUCUCCCGUCUGGUCAACGCUGGCCGGAUGCUGGUAGAAAAUCUUACGGUUGCGAUGAUCCAACGGAGUCUCCCUAGCUCAUUCGACACUUUAACCACAGACCUCGAAAGUGGUUCCGACGAUGAACUAACAUUGGAGUUGGUGAAUUGGAAGCUGCUCGACAAAGCGGCGAAACGACAAGGUUUCAGUUCUAGUUCGACAUUGAAAGUCAGCCAAGACGGUAAGAAGAAAAAACAAUCGUUUGUCACUACUGCAAGAAGCCGGGACACAAGCAGAGCGAAUGCCGGAAGAUGGUUCGUGACUCGGAGAAGAGAUCCAAAACUACUGAGAAACCCUCCAACAAGAAAGAAUCCGUGUCCUUCGCCCUAGCUGCAGGAGGAGCAGUAGAACCAAACCAUGGGUUGUAGAUUCCGGCGGAACGCGAUAUACCAUCGCUGAUCGAAAGUUUUUCCGAGAGCUGCGUGAAAGUGAAGUAAAAUUUGUUAACCUGGCUGACGGCAAGCAAGCGGUCAUACAUGACGAAGGUUCCUGCGUCAUCGAGUGCGCUGAUGAACGAGGUUUUCGUCGGUAAGUUACAUUAAGUUUCACUCUAUACACCCCAAGCCUGUUCAUCCGUACAAUCACUCAUUCAGAAGCAAACAACGGUCGUUUUCGAUGCUGCUGGUUGACGUCUUCUACAUGAAGAAACUGUCGUCGCCGUGGCGCGCCUUGAGGAAGGCCUGUACCAAAUCAAGCAACCGUAAGAUACUGUAAUGGUAACGGGCGGUCACCACAAUAAAGAUUGCACGCACGUCUGGCAUCGGAGAUUCGAUCAUCGGGACCUGAAGGCUAUCGAAAUUUUACAGCAGGAUGAUCUGACGGAUGGUUUAACUAUUUACGAAUGUGGCGUUGAUGAAAACUGCGCAUGCUGUUUGAAAGGUAAAACUUCUCGCAGUCCUUCCCCGAGCGAAUCCAAAUUUAGAUCAAAAGCGCCAAUGGAUCUGGUGCACACGGACGUUUCCGGUCCGGUGGAGGAGCAAUCGAUCAGUGGUUAUCGAUAUUUUAUGACCAAGAUCGACGACCACAGUCGCUAUUGUGUACUCUACCUACUGAGGAAGAAAUCGGAGGUCGCAAUCAAAAUCGAGAAGUAUGUUGGGUUUGCCAAAUUUUUUUUCGGGUGGACUCCCAAAGCCAUACGCUCGGAUUAAGGCGGUGAGUUCAGCGGAAAGCAAUUGCGGUCUUUCUACAAGCGCGAAGGGAUCUCAGUCCAGUAGCCGCUGGCUACAGUCCACAAUAUAAGGGGAAUGCGGAGCGGAAGAACCGCUCGCUUAUCGAAAUGGUACGGUGCAUGCUAUUCGAUGCACAACUGGAUCAACGAUACUGGGCAGAGGUGAUCAAAACCGGUAUCUUCAAAACGUCUUGCCUACGGAAUCAACCGACGUUACACCAUACGAGCUUUGGAACGGUGUAAAACUAAAGGUCGACCACCUGCGAAUCUUCGGUUGCACAGUGUGGGACCACAAUCCGAAGGCAAAGAGAAAGAAGCUGGAUAUCACCACACAGAAAUUGAUUUUUGUUGGCUAUUCAACCGAACACAGCUUAUGGUUUCCUCGGCACAGCCACACGGAAAAUUCAUGUGAUCCGCGACGUCAAGUUCAUUGAGAGCGGCACGGACACUAAUCCAACGGUUGAACUGACAGCAAGCAAUCAAGGUGAGGAGGUGGCGUUUGAUUUUCUGCAACGAAAAAUUCCGAACGAACCCGAAGCACAACCGGAGGCUGCAGAAAACGCUGAAGAGGAAUGCGAAGUUGGGAGCCAUUCGGAAGACUAUUUCUACGGUUUCAGCGAUGAAGAUAUUCUACUUAGAGAGGAAGUCAACAUCGAGGAAACAAAACCAAGGCGAUCUGCACGACUUAUGAAAGGUGUCCCGCCCCAUCGAUUUGACGAUGUCACCAACGUAACGAAGCAGGUAAACGAAGAACCCCAAAACUACUCCGAAGCGAUCAAUAGUCCGGAGGCAAUUGCCUGGAAAGCCGCAAUGAAGGAAGAAAAUCAAAGAAGAUGGUACUUAGGAGCUCGUACAACUGCCUCAAGAUCGAAAGGCGGUAGGUUGUGAGUAGACGUUUAAAAGGAAAGAGGACGAACACGGACGAGUGGUGCGGCACAAAGCACGACUAGUCACCCAGGGAUUCGCACAGAAAUUCGGCCAAGACUACGACGAGGUAUUCGCUCCCGUCGUCCGUCAAACAACUCUUCGAACAGUCCUCUUUUUGGUCAGUAAGCAGCAGAUGGUGGUCAAGCAUCUCGAUAUCAAGAACGCCUAUCUGUAUGCGGAGCUGCAAGAAGAUAUGUAUAUGAAGCAACCCGCUGGCUUCGAUCGACACGACGGCAUGGCAUCUCAAGCGCAGCAUCUACGGGCUCAAGCAGUUCGCUCGAGCAUGGAAUAGGAAAAUCGACGGAGUUUUCAAGUCCAUGGGCUUCCGCCAGGCUGAAGUCGAUUUGUGUCUGUGUACAGAAAGGUGACCUAAAUCCUCAUAUAAGUGGACGAUAUGGUCGUUGCCUGCAACUCCGAGGAAGAUUUUGAGGAGAUUCGCCAAAAGCUCCAGCAACACUUCAAGUUAUCCUGUUUAGGCAAACUCAAGAACUUCUUGGGGAUUCACGUGACGAGGGACGGUGACCAUUGCACUCUCGAUCAAACGAGUACAUCGAAACGCUGAUUUGGACACGAUGAAGUAAAACCGUCGAAAGUGCCGAUUGAUCUCGAAUACCUCAAGCAAAAGUAGGAGUAGCAUAGCCUAUAAACACGUCAUUCCGUAGUUUGGUAGGCUGCUUGUUUUACGUUUUGGUCAACACUCGGCCGGACAUUUGCGUAUCCGUCUCACUGCUGGGCAGAAAAGUUACAAACCCAACAAACCGCGACUGGACCGAAGCCAAGAGGUUCCUUCGAUAUCUGAAGACUACACAGAAACAUCGUCUGCACCUGGGAUCCGGAUGCGGCGAGAUGGAGUGUUCUCUCCUCGACGGAGGCCAAAUUCGUAGCGUUGGCGGACGGAUGUCAGCAGCUGAUGUGGUUUCGAAAACUACUGAACAACUUACGGCAAGUUCAAGCGGAACCUAUUAUCGUAUGGGAAGAUAACCAGUCGUACAUAAAGAUCGUCGAAUCCCAGCCUCUCGAGAGACGUUCCAAACCCAUAGAUGCAAAGUACGCUUUCACAAAGGAUCUACACCAGCAGCAAGUCAUUGAUCUGCGUUAUAAGCCAACCGAGCGCAUGGAGGCCGACAUCAUGAUGAAGCCGUUGGACCGUGUGAAGCUAGACAAACACCGAACUGCCAUUGGAGUCAAAGAUCCAACCGAGACAUCGCACCAGUAUCGUUGAGGAAGAGUGUCGGGUUACACAGCCGUGUGACACCGAUGCAAAUUCGACCCUAACAAUUUAUCCCAUUUCUACACACAUACUCAUCGCUAUGGAUACGGUAAUGAAUAAAAAAAUGCAUUCCAUAUUCCUCACUUAGAGAGUAACUACGUUUUUCAUUCUACUCCGUUUUUUUUCAUUAUCCUGCGAUAAAAAUUAGGGGACUUAUUUUCUUGUUAGGAAGUUAUAAGUCAGACACGUAUGUCCGUAUGUCUCUCACGAAAACGUGAGAGAAUUCGUUGUUCAUUCGUGUUGGCUCCGUCCUUUCACUUGCCGGUUAGGUAUUUUAUCUUACGGAACUGCAAGUUCCUUUCCCGAUUCCAUUCAACCUCCCAAGUGAGGAGAAUGGUUCCUUCUUCAAAUGAGGUCCUUACUAGAGACUGCUAGAUUUCGGAUAGCGUUGAAGGUAGAACUGCAUUUGCAUUUGUGUCAACAGGUCAAGGCUCCGUCACCACUGAUAUAUUAGUCGGUUGCUUCUCAAAAAAAAGUAAAAAAAUACCAACAUAAUUGAAAAUGGAUUGCGUUCUUCAGAACAUGAAUUAGUAGCACUCCCAACAAUCAAAAGGUAUGAUCUAGAGUUUUCCAAAAAUAGUUGUUCAAUCAUGACUUUCGCUUACCGUAAGUCUCCUCUCGAGUAUCAUGUUAAACAUGAGAUUUACACACGCUUCAUUUUAAUGUUAAUACAUGUAGAGCUCGUACAGUCAAAUACAUACGUGUUUAUAUUGUUAUUCGACCCUUCCACGGAAUAUAAAUGCAUACAAAAAGGAAA